AGCACGAAAACCAACGAAAAUGACCAAAAAGCCCCGCACACGAUUCAUUAUUUAGACAUUAUUAUCCGCUAAGGUAUUUUUCGUAAUAUGGUUGUGAAAAUUGGAGUAAUUGAGGAUUAUCAUCGUGGGAGUAACUAUUUAAUGCGUAGAGUGUAAAGGGUUGGUUCUGAAACCGGGAAUUUUCUGGUAUCCAAAAUCUCCAGAAGUUCAAAUUUCGAAGCCUCCACGAAAAAUAUUGACAACGACCUAAGAGAAGGAGGUGGAGGAUUGAGAACAUCAAAGGGUUAGUGCAACAAUUUAAGAGCCUCAUUUCAUCGUUAAGGGAACAAAAAUCGAAAUCGACAUCGAUUUUUUGAUGCCCCAGAUGGUUUUCUGAAUCUUGGUGUUGCUGAUCAGGAACCGUAAUCAUCAGUGGGAAGAGACAAAAGUUGGAGGAAUAAUUUAUGUAUGUCGUUGGGGUUGUUAUGUUUGAAAGCAAGGUUUAAACUUUGAGGUCUAUUUUUUUUUUUUUUUUGGAGGGAGGGGGGUGUUGUUCUCUCUCUCAGAAGAAAAUACAAUGAAUGUGGUAGGCAAAGUUGGAAGCUUGAUAACUCAAGGUGUGUACUCAGUUGCUACCCCAUUUCACCCCUUUGGUGGCGCUGUUGAUGUGAUUGUUGUUCAGCAACAAGAUGGGACAUUUCGAAGCACACCUUGGUAUGUUCGGUUUGGUAAAUUUCAGGGUGUUCUCAAAGGUGCGGAAAAGAUUGUUCGGAUAAAUGUUAAUGGCGUUGAAGCCAAUUUUCAUAUGUAUCUUGACAAUUCGGGUGAGGCUUAUUUUUUGAAGGACGUGGAUGAUGAUAAAGGGGUUGAGUCAAUUGAGGUUGGUCAAAAUUCUAGAGACAAAAAGCAUAGCUAUUUGAGUAAUGGUCAUAGACUUGAUCAUAGCAUCUCAGAUUCCGGGGUGCUUCGGUUGAAAGAUGAGGGUGAUUCCCCAGUUGCGCCUCGGAUUCAAAGGGCUGAAUCUGAUGUUGAUAGGAGAUUUUAUGAAUUUCCAGAUGAUCGAUCUUCUUUUGAAGAUUCAGUUGAGUUGUCAGAGUAUGAGUCUAAUUCAUACGAGAGCCUAGAGGGAGACAAUUGUGUGGAGUCACAAGGUUCACAUCCAGAGAUGGUAUUGGUAAGUGUUGAUGGUCAUAUAUUGACGGCUCCUAUCUCCGAAUCAGAGCAGACUGAGGAGAAUGUGCAGUUAAAAACUCCUCAAUUUCAUCUGGGACCAGGUGAAGAGACCGACUUAUGUGAAGGCAAUGGAGAGUUAAGUACUGGUGAAAAUGCUUGGGCUGCUGAUUAUAUUAAUCAGCUGGAUGCCAGAACGACUGAUGUCCAACCCAGACACUAUGAGACUAAUGGUAAUGAUAAUACUUCUAAGCUCUUGCUUGAAGUUUGUCAAGGAGAGGAGGUACAUGUUUGUCAAGCACAGGAAACCUUGGAAGUUAAAAAUAAAGAUCAUAUGAAAAAUGAAUCAGAAGGGGCUAAAUCAAGAAUCAAGAGGGAGACUGUUUUCAAAAGCUGUUUGGAGCUACAAGAUUUUGGUCAUCAGGCAGGAAAUGGUGAUAUCCAUGAUAUAGGUUCAUCAUUGGAGAAUCAAAAUCCCACAGAGGAAUCUAAUGCAAGUUGUCCUGUAGUAGAUGAAAAUGAACAAGAGAGCACUGUGCAAUCAAAAAAUGGUGACGAGUUAUCACCUCCUAGUAAUUCUACUUGUAAUGGCCAAAGAUCUCUAAAACCAGAAUUGGAAAUUCAAGAAGUUGAGAAAAAUGCAUCUGGAGAGGUUGAAACUGCUUCUGGCUCUCGUUCUGUUACUACUGAUACUGAACAGAAUGGUGAACAUGUUGACAAGUCAGUAUCAAAUGAUGAGGUAGAUGAGAGUCAGCAGACCCUUGCACUCAAAGAUGUUGGGGCUACAAGUGAGGUUGUGGAACCUCAAACAGAAACUAAGAAUAAAGGGGAUCAAAGCCAUUUUGGUUUGGGAUUUGAGAUCUCACUUUGUGGUCAUGAACUUAAGGUGGGCAUGGGUUCAGUAGCUGCUGCUGAAGUGUUUGAAGCACAUCGCAUAUCUGCAGUUGACUUCACAAGUUCUGCUCCAUCAAUAAUUAAAAAUCAAAAUCUCGUUAUCAAGUUUAAAGAGAGGUACUUGAUGUGGGAAAAGGCUGCUCCUCUAGUUCUUGGAAUGGCUGUUUAUGGUUUAGAUUUACCUGUUGAGCCCAAGGAUACAAUUCCUGUGGAACAGGAUCAUGCAUUGAAGUCCAGGGAUGAUGAUCAAGGAUCAUCUUCGUCUGGACGCAGAUGGAGACUUUGGCCUAUUCCUUUUCGAAAGGUCAAAACAUUUGAGCAUACUAAUAACAACUCAUCUAAUGAGGAGGUAUUUCUAGAUUCUGAGUCUGGGUCUUUUGCAGACCCAACUCCAUCAUCCAGUACCCAGGGAUCUCCGCAUAAGCAAUUUCUAAGAACAAAUGUUCCCACUAAUGAGCAGAUAGCAUCCUUAAAUCUCAAAGAUGGUCAGAAUUUGGUAACCUUCAGUUUCUCUACAAGAGUUCUUGGAACACAACAGGUUGAUGCUCAUAUUUAUUUAUGGAAGUGGAAUGCAAGAAUUGUAAUUUCAGACGUUGAUGGAACCAUUACCAAGUCUGAUGUUUUGGGGCAGUUCAUGCCUUUAGUUGGCAAAGAUUGGACACAAUCUGGAGUGGCAAGGCUUUUCUCUGCCAUUAAGGAAAAUGGAUACCAGCUACUUUUUCUGAGUGCCCGAGCAAUUGUCCAGGCAUAUCUAACCAGAAACUUCUUGCUUAACCUGAAGCAGGAUGGAAACACCUUACCAAAUGGACCUGUUGUUAUCUCACCUGAUGGAUUAUUUCCCUCACUUUUCAGAGAAGUGAUAAGAAGGGCACCUCACGAGUUCAAGAUUGCUUGUUUAGAGGAUAUCAAGAGACUUUUCCCAUCUGACUAUAAUCCAUUCUACGCGGGAUUUGGCAAUAGAGAUACAGAUGAACUUAGUUACAGAAAGAUCGGAAUCCCGAAGGGAAAAAUAUUCAUUAUUAACCCUAAGGGCGAAGUGGCUAUUAGUCAUCGAAUUGGUGCAAAAUCAUAUACAUCGUUACAUACCCUCGUCAAUGACAUGUUUCCUCCAACAUCUUUGGUCGAGCAGGAGGACUUCAACUCAUGGAAUUAUUGGAGAACGCCAUUGCCAGAUGUUGAUUAGUUCAUUGCUUAUGACAUUAAGUUCUUUUUGUCAUGGAUUGAGGUUGAAACCAUUCAAGAUGUUAGCCGAAAAGCCGGACAUUCCUCCUAUUUGAUCCAUUCACAUGCCAUAAUUGAUUGGAGAGUAGUGUCCUUCUGUACUGGUUUCAUUGGUGGGCAUGUAAGUUCUCCAAGAACAUUAUUUUUUGUGGUGAUCAUACCCUCUUUUGAUCUGCAUUAAAUCCUGAUUCAUUAGAAUUCACCCAUCAACAGAAUUGUACAACAUUUGGCUUACAUGUUAUAUUCUUGUAUAUUUUUCAAUUUUCAUUGGGGGUGAUCAGGGAAUAAUGGCAUAGAUGCUUAACAUUGCAACUUUUUCAUAUGCAACUUUAAGUCUCUAGUCUUAACCUGAUAUUGAUGUUAAUCUUUAGUUUGUCCAUCAUGCUUAGAAACUAGAAACGGUAGGAAACCAAUCGGACCCUAUUAGAGUGUGGAGCUAGAACUAGAACAUGUAUGCAACAUGAAAGCCAAGGUAGUAAAUUCUCUUGUUUGACUUGUUAUACAAUGGCUUGAAUUGAAUUGUAGAUUGUGGAAAACUUAUUGUUGCGCUCAAUAUAUUGUAAUCUCAGAAUGGACUACUCAAUUGG